AUGACAAAAGCAAAUCCAAAUCCAACAAGUCCAACAACGGUUUCUAUUACGACCAUACCAACAGCAGCUACGACAUCAGGAGCAAUAAAUUCUACCACUUAUAAUACAUCGUCCACAGCUACUAAUGUAACAACAGAAACACCAAGAAAUGCUACAAAUGAAACAAUUACAGGAGGAGGAGGAAAUUUCACAAAUUCCACAAAUCCAACCCCUAAAAAUGCAACCGAAAUUCAAUCACCAAACCGAGAUAAUGAAUAUCCUUUGGACCCUGCAAGUUUUUUUAUGGCAAUAACUUUAAUAGGAACUGGACUAGUAAAUUUAUUUAGGGGUCAAAAAUUCAAAUGGACAACAAUAUUUCUGGGUGGAUUUUAUUCAACUGGAUUGUUAAUUCUUUUUUUUAUUCUCAAAUAUCAAAAUGUUUCAAAUCCUUCGGAAGGAGUUCGAGCAAUUUACUAUGUAUCAUGUGUGGGAGCAGGAUUAGUAGCUGGAGCAUUUUUCGUAUGCAUGUGGCCAACAGGACGAGUAUUAGUUGGUGGUCUAGGUGGAUUAUCGCUGGCAAUGAUCCUAUUAUCACUUCGAACAGACGGACUAAUCGUAAAGCAAGCAAUACGUUACAUUUUCAUGGCAAUUUUUACUCUAUUACUGGCCAUCCCAGCAGCAUACAAUAAAUUUUACCCAUAUGUAUGCGUGUUUGCAACAGCCAUGACCGGAUGCUAUCAAAUAAUUCUCGGUGUUGACGUGUUUGUUCGGUCUGGACUAUUGGCGGCGUUUAAAUUGUUUUGGGGGUACACUCCAGCAUCAAACUACCGAUACAUUCUAGACGCGGACACGCUGAUUGUGCUGACAACUGUUGGAUUCGUGGGAGGAGCACUUGGUCUAGGCGUACAAAUAUAUGAUAUCCUAUUGAAUGGACCGAAACAAGACGCGAUAAAGAUCCCCGAUGAAGAAGAGAAGCUCGAAGAAACUGGCGAAUUAACAAGUGACGAGAGUGGAAUUGGGAUACUUGAGAACAAUAUAAAAGCAAAUAGAUCCUUUUGGUCUGCUUUUAGAAAACCGUCGUCAUUGGUUGAUAUAAUAGCUUCCAAAAUAAAAAAACAAACCGCCUGA